AUGUUGUAGGUAUUUUGAAGCCAUGCAGCUGAACUUUCGACAGCGCCUGCAUGUUGAACAGAUAUUUGACUUGGAGAAUGGAGAGUACCUUUGUCCGCUUUGCAAGUCUCUGUGCAAUACUGUGAUCCCUGUUGUUCCAUUACAAGCGCAAAAAAUAAACAGUGAGGAUGCAGAGGCAGUAUCACAAAUUCUGUCCCUGGCUAGGUGGCUGGAGAUUGUUACAGCUAGAAUAUCUGGCUACAGUGUGAAAAAUGCUAAAGGAGAGAAACAAAAUGCUCCGGCUUUCAUCAACAAAGGAAUGGGGAACUCUGCUCUGGAAUUCCAUUCCAUCCUUAGUUUUGGAGUUCAGUCCUCAGCAAAGUACUCGAGUAGUAUCAAGGAGAUGCUUGUUCUUUUUGCCACCACUAUCUAUAGAGUUGGACUAAAAGUUGCUCCAAAUGAAGAUGAUUACCGGAUUCCUAUGAUGACUUGGAGCACAUGUGCUUUUACCAUCCAGUGCAUAGAAAACAUCUUGGAAACGGAGGGCAAGCCGUUAUUUGGAUCUCUGCAAAAUAGACAGCACAGUGGCCUUAAAGCAUUAGUGCAGUUUGCAGCUGCUCAGAGAACAACAUCACCCCAGGUCCUGAUUCAGAAACAUCUGGUUCGUCUUCUGGGAGUUCUUCUACCAAACUUUAAAGUUGAAGACACUCCUUCCCUUUUAGAAGUAGAUAUAUUCCACGUUUUGGUGGGAGUUGUGUUAUCAUUUCCAUCUUUAUACUGGGAAGAUGCUGUAGACUUGCAACCUUCAUCAAUUAGUUCAGCUUAUAACCAGCUCUACCUCUUCCAUCUGACUACGCUGGCACACAUAACCCAAAUAGUUCUCUCCUCAGCAACAGAAUCCGCUGCUGCUCAGUGCCAUGAUAACAGCGAGGAGGCCCGCGCUGCGCAGUCUUUCUGCAAGGAAGUUUGCCAGUACACUAGUGGGUGGUGUGCUGACCCGGUGGUCCUGAGUUGUUUGAAAGGGAAGAGCAUUGCAAUGAGGUAUCCUAGGAAGAGAAAUAGCUUAAUAGAGCUUCCUGAAGACUAUAGCUGCCUUCUGAACCAAGCGUCUCAGUUUAGGUGCCCACGGUCUUCUGAUGAUGAACAGAAGCAUCCAGUGUUGUGUUUAUUCUGUGGUGCUAUGCUGUGUUCCCAGAACACUUGCUGCCAGGAGCUGGUGAACGGGGAGGAGUUGGGAGCCUGUACUUCACACGCUCUGCAGUGCGGAGCUGGAGUCUGUAUGUUUCUCAAAAUCAGGGAAUGCAAAGUUGUCCUCAUAGAAGGUAAAACCAGGGGAUGCUUGUAUCCUGCUCCCUACUUGGAUAAAUAUGGAGAAACUGAUCCAGGUCUGAAACGGGGCAAUCCCCUGCACUUGUGCCGGGAACGGUACCGGAAGCUGCAUCUGCUGUGGCAGCAGCACUGCAUCAUCGAGGAGAUCGCCAGGAGCCAGGAAACCAACCAGAUCUUCUUUGGAUUCAAUUGGCAACUGCUCUGAGUCCCCGCCCUGGGGCAGAUUUCAUGCCAUGGACAGUGCUUUGGAAAAGGAAAGAAGGGUGGCAGUAAAUAAAUCACUAUAAAAUGGAUUCUGUAGCUCAGUCGCAUGACUGACAGUUUCUCUAGCUUGGAUGUUUUACUGAUGUAUUGAAACGAUCUCAUUUCGUAUGUUUUGCUUC